UAUCCAGUUUUACAGCAUGAAGAAAGAACAGGUUGUCAACUGUCAGUUCUCUGUUUGGUAUCCUUUAUUCAGGAAACACACUAUUAAGAGCUUGAUUCUACCUAUACCUCAAAAUGUAAUUGACUACUUAUUAGACGAUGGGACACUUGUGGUUUCUGGCAGUGAGAACAGCAAUCAACACACACAGGCUAACAACAGUGACUCGGAUGAGGAGGACAUUCAGUGGACUGAUGAUGAAACCACAACAACAGUUACGGCCCCAGAAUUUCCAGAGUUCAGCAUAAAGGUGCACCAGGCUAUAAAUGUUCUGGGUGGGCGUGUCUUUCCGAAACUGAACUGGAGUGCCCCUCGGGAUGCCAACUGGAUUGCCUUGAACAGUUCCUUACAGUGUCAGAGUCUAAGUGAUAUCUUCCUUCUUUUUAAAAGUUCAGAUUUCAUCACACAUGACCUCACACAACCAUUUCUUCAUUGUAGUGAUGAUUCUCCAGAUCCAACCAUAAACUAUGAGUUGGUGUUGAGAAAAUGGAGUGAGCUCAUUCCAGGAGGAGAAUUCCGCUGCUUUGUGAAAGAAAACAAACUAAUUGCAAUCUGUCAGAGAGAUUACACACAACAUUACCAGCACAUUGCCAAACAGGAGGCCAGCAUCUGCUCCUCUGUACUGCUGUUCUUCAGGGACCACAUUCAAUAUCAGUUCCCAGAUGAGGACUUUGUCAUGGAUGUUUACAGAGACAGCUCAGGACGUGUAUGGUUGAUUGACUUAAACCCUUUCGGUGAGGUCACAGACUCUUUGCUCUUCACGUGGGAGGAGCUAGAUUUUGAGAAUAACCUCACAGCCAAUCAGGCACAGGCAGACAUGGCACAGCAAGAUGGACCUGCCUUUCGGUGCACCACAAGUGAAGUCACAGUGCAGCCCAGCCCAUGUCUGUCCUACCGAAUCCCACAAGACUUCCUGGACCUGACCACUGGAGAAGAUGCAUAUAAACUCAUCGAUUUUUUUUUUAAGCUGAAGAGGGGUCAGCAGGAGGAGGAGGAGUCUGAAGAAGAAGGGGCAGGGCCUCAGUUAUAGAUGAGCAGAGAUGCUGUUUCAGUAGUCCUUAAAGGGAUAGUUCACCCAAAAAUGAAUACAAAUUAAGAUUUAUAUCUCGGCCCUGUAGGUCAGGUUACUAGGAUGCAAGUAAAUGGUGACCAAAACUUUGAAGGUUUUAAAAUCUUUGUUUGUGUUCCACUGAAGAAAGUCAUAUGGGUUUGGAACAACAUGAGGAUGAGAAAUGAAUACAGCAUUUUUAUUUUUGGGUAGAUCACCACAAGUAGGAUUGAGCACUCUAGCUGUAUUUAAUGGGAUGGGUGUUGAGUAAAACAAAUGAAUUUUCUAUCAAAUGCUUUAUUCACGCCUCUCUGUUGCAGAAGACAUUUUUAUGUUUUCUAUCCACAAUAGUGCUCACACACCUAAUAAGUUCAAAGUACAAUACAUUCAAUACUGUGCUAGGAAAUAAUAAAUCAUGUGUAAAAAUUUGAAAAAGAUGAUGUUGUUCAUGAUGCAAAAUAAAAAAAGCAAUAUAAUAAUA